UAGAGUCGGGACUGCGAGGGAGUAAUCGUUAUAGAGCAGUAAUUAAGUUUAAGAUAUAUAUAUAUAUAUAUAGUUGCGGUAACUUUAAAACAAACAAGAACAACAAAAAACCCCUCAAAUGGAAAUUUUGUGAAAAUGAGGUGUAAAUGCUACGUAACAGGUUUGCUUUAAAUUAAAUAUCAGAGGAAAGUACCCUGGUUGUUGACUUGGCUGCUCUGAAUGAUGAUGAGUUAUUUGCAGAACAUAUUUCUACUCGUGUUUGGAGUUCUCCUCCUCGGUUCCAAGGUUCGAGCAGAAGAGACACCUCCCCGCAUUGUCCACCACCCCUCUGAUGUGGUGGUGAAAGUUGGCAAUCCCGCCACCCUCUCCUGUCGCGCUGACGGAAGCCCGAAGCCAACUAUUGAGUGGCUGCGCAACAAUCAGCCGCUAGAGACCGCAAAUAGAGAGCUGCAGCCGAUGAUCCUUUCAGACGGGAGCCUCUUCUUCCUGAGCGUGGAAGGGGGAAGGCAGAGGCAGUCGCAUGAGGGCGUCUAUACCUGUGUGGCUAGGAACAGUGCGGGGAAGGACACCAGCCGUAAUGCAUCGCUGUUUAUCGCAGUGUUGCAGGAGGAGUUCAGUGUGCAGCCCACUGAUGUGGAAGUGGCAGAGGGGGAAGUGGCUGUUUUAAGCUGCAGCCCCCCAGUGGGACAUCCGGAACCUAAUGUUGUCUGGAAGAAGGAUGGGCUGCCCAUCAGCAGUGCUGAUCAUCAUUACACUGAGCUGAAUGGGAAGCUUAUCAUCGCUCCUGCAGAGAAAAAUCACUCUGGUGUUUACGUGUGUGUAGCCAUCAACACUGUGGGGGAGAGGGAGAGCAGGGCAGCUCGACUCUCUGUGCUGGCCAAGCCCGUACUGGUGCUGAAGCCAGAAAACGUAUCAGUAAGAGCGGGAGAGUCUGCCCAGUUUUACUGCCAAGCUAAAGGUGACCCUCCACCUGCUGUAGUCUGGAGCAGAGAGCAGGGACCACUGCCCAAUGGCAGGUACAUCGUAAACCCGGACCAGACUCUCCAGAUCCAUUAUGUGACAGCCCUUGAUGCUGGGAAGUACACCUGCACUGCUCUCAAUGAUGUGGGCGUGGUCACUGCCAGCGCACAGCUACUAGUUGAAGAGGCUGCCAACACUAAGCAGAAAGACCUCCACAAAGAGCUGUCAUCCCUGCGUGUGAUUCUGGAGAACGUCACCAUUAAGGCCCCUGGUUCUAACAUGUCCUUCGUACAGUGGAAGCUCCAGUCCCUCCCAGCACAGCCGCAUUACCUUGAUGGCUUUGAGGUUCUGUAUCGCUCUCUGCUCACUGCCAGCUCAGACUGGGCAGCAGAGAAGGUGACAUUCCCCAGCUUCCAGGCUCAGGUUGGCCCCCUAAAGAGAGGCUACAAGUAUGAUUUCAAAGUUCGGCCUUAUGGCAGCGGCUUAUAUGGGAGGGAGAGCAACACCCGGCACCUGACAGUUCCUGAGACAGUGCCCAGUGCCUCUCCUCGGGCUGUGUCAGUAACAGUCAAUCAUGAGCAGAAUAACACCAUCCAUCUGAGCUGGGAGCCUCCUCCUCCUGUAACCCACAAUGGGAUCUUACAGGGAUACCAGGUGUGGUGUGUGGAGCCCGAAGAGCAGCAGUACCAAAACUGGACGGUGGAUAGUAGCCAACUGAGCCUUCAUAUCUCUAGCCUCAAACAAGGGGUACAAUACUGGGUCACCAUAGCGGCAGUCAAUGGGGCUGGAGUAGGAAUGCUGAGUGACCCUCAUGGAUUUGUCAUCAACUCACAGUUAGGUGGACUACCUGAGUCAGAUAGCCAGAGGCGGCGUUUGUCUCCGGUCCUGGCCUUUCUUCAAGACCCCGUGUUGAUCGGCAGCAUCGGAGCCGUCUUGUGGUGUGUUCUGAUGGUUGCAGCAAUCUGUCUCUUCAGACACCACAGCAGGACCGGUCAGCUGAUACCAAGACCUGGCAAGGCUAAAGGUUUGCGAAGACUAGCCGGUGAAGAUCUCAUUAUAAAACACAGGAUGGCAGCUCCAGAUUCACCGUGGAUCCCCGGAGGCUGGAGACCUUCUUUGAGUGAGAAGUACCAUGACCUAUGGGCCCAAGGUCAGCAUCACCCAGGAAUCCGAAGCACCAGCCUCCCAGUCUCAUCCAAGAAGGACAGCAGCUGCCUGGAGUCGACUGUUCCCAUUGUGACCGAUAGCUGCGGUGUCUACGGCACCUUUUAUGUGGACCUCAUGGGCAGUGGUCUUAAGACCUUCAACAGUCCGGGACGUGUCACUAAAAUGUCUCAUGGUUUGCCCCACAAAGAAGGAGCCGAAACUAUCCAGAUAUUUACUCACCCUGCCAGCAAGCCCUCACCCAUCAUUAGCAGGGAGGCUCUGCCAUGGAAACAGGCCAUACGACCCCAGCCCAAGAUGGGUGUGCUAAGGGAAUCAUGGGAAAAGAACCACAGCAAGCAGGAGCUGCAUGCAGUGAGCAGUGUCCCUAUACUUUCAACAAGAACCCAGGGACAUAGUCGCAUACCAGCUCUCCAGCACGGUGGACAUCCAGACUGCGGUAAACCUGUGGGUUGUCCUCGUCUGCUGCAUUACUCAGCAUCACUACAUCUUAUGGACAUGCUGCUGCCCCCUCCCCCAGUACACACCGAGGACGCCACUGACACGCAAAGCCUCACCUCAGAUGGAGGCUCUAGUCGUUCCACAAAGCUAACAAUGGACAUGGGCUCUCUUCAGUCAGUGUGUCCUGCAUCAGGCCCCCAUGGACAACUGGGACCCAGCAACAAGAACAGCUGCCCAUCCUACAGCCACCUGUCCACUGCAUUAUCUUCUGUGUCACAGAGUAAUGAACAGGGCAGCACGCUGACAGCACAGGAAGCUGCCGAGUACCUGGAGCUCACUCCUAAACCAGAGAGAUGCAGUGCCCUGCCAGAGCAGCGUCCUUCCCUGUCCCAUCAUUUUGCCUCGACGCUGAAUUACAUCUGCCGGCCAACUCGCUCUGCUCAGGUGCAAGACACCUUCACCGAGCCCGAACCUCCAUUAAAUAGUUUCCGUCGUGCCUGCCGUCAGAGCUCGCCUUCCUCCUGCUACAGUGAAUGGGACAGUUCACUGUGGAACACGAUCAGCUCAGUCAUGGACAGCAACCUGUCCAGUGCCCGCACCAGCCUCAUCAGCUCCGUGGACAGCUGCUACACUAAUGACAGUGCCAACUUUGCUCAUCUCCUGGCCAUGGCAGCGGAGAGCAUGAGCGGAGCCUCUUUGUCAGAUUUCUCUCCGCCUGCCUCCCCUCUCAGCGCCUUGUACCCAUCUUUCCAUGCGGAAGGCGACUCAUUCGGCGAACUGGAGCCUGUUUCUGCGUGGGAUUGGAGCAUGGCCUGGAUGGAGGAAAUGGAGGCCCAGUACGCAGAACACUAUCCUGGCAGAAACACCAGACCCUUCAACAGUUAGGGACUCUGCUACGAUGGUGACUGCAGAUACACCUCCCAAGACCAAGGGACAGACACUGAUCCAUUCACGUUCUCGGAAGUGUUGGUAACACUUACGCGGUUGUGUUUAUUCAGGUUUUUAUUUUUGUUUCUGUCCUAUCUGGUUUCAUAUAGCUCAUAUAUGUACGGGACACCUUCGCAGGCAGAUGAGUACCUCUCCUUUUUUAAACACUUCUCCCCCAUUAUCUCAGGGUAGCAUCCUUGAAAUGACUUCCACGGAGUCAAAGAAGUUCUCUUUUUUCCUUCUCUACAUCCUUUCCUCUCAUUAGAGAAACAAUAAUGAGAUACUUCCCUCAGGAUAUUCUCACCCAGUGUGUUUUGAAAAGGCCAGAGAGAUGCAAAGGCAGGAUGCUAGACAGUCAGAAAGCAGUCAUUAGGCAGAAAUCCUGUGCUAGAGGUUCCCUCUUAGCACAUGUCUGUAUUUUUUGCAGGAUAUUUUAUUUGGUGCUGAAGUCGUAUGAGACAGAGGAUUUCACUCACUGAUCAAACAUGUGUACAUAUAUAUAUAAAUGCAGCAUAUUAAGCAAAUGUUAUUUAAAGAAAUCCAAGACACUGCAUGUCCUGAGUUUAUUGUUGUUUUUAUAAGCCCUGUUUGCAAUAAGCUAUAGGUCAUAGAUACAGAACUAGGAAAAAAAGUUAAAGUAAUUAAUCGAGUUAACUUUUUAUCACCAAAUACCUGGAACUUUAGUAAGAUUUGAAGUAUUUGAAAUGAAAAUGCUGCGUGCAUAGUUUAUUCUUUUAUAUAUGCAGGUAUUUCACUAAUUCUAGCAGAAAUGCACUUGUAUUUUGAGCUUUAUUUUGUUCACAUUACAUUGCAGAUGGUUUUAUAGUUUGGAAUAAAAUAAUUUUAUUGAUGGAAAGCCACAAGAAUAAGUUGUGAAAUAAAAUCAUUUUUC